AUGACAGAGGAGGAGAACGGCGAGCUGGGCAGAGCUCUCUCGUACACCGAGCCCGCUCCGGCGCUGGACAUUAGAUGCAGACCCAUGGCCGAAGUGUGGGUGCUGGUGAUCAACACCGGGGGGACUAUUGGGAUGGUGCCCCAGUCCGAAGGUCUUGUCCCUGAAGCCAACAAGCUUGCAGAGGCUCUGAAGAAGAUGACCAUACUUCAUGAUGCAACAUAUGCCAAGGAAACCCAACUAUAUAACCGCCUUGGAGUUGAUACUUUAGUACUUCCUUUUUUCAACCAGAAUAAAAGAAUUAUCUACACCAUCCUGGAACUUUCUCCUCUACUAGAUUCUUCAAAUAUGACACCAUCUGAAUGGGACAAAAUUGCCAGGUGUCUUGAGGCAAACUAUGAGAAGUAUGAUGGAUUUGUGAUUCUCCAUGGCACAGAUACAAUGGCUUAUACAUCUUCAGCAUUGUCCUUCAUGUGUGAGAACCUGGGUAAAACUGUAAUCUUGACAGGAUCUCAGAUACCAAUAUAUGAACUGAGGAAUGAUGGCAGAGCCAACCUGUUGGGGGCCUUGUUGAUUGCUGGACAGUUUGUAAUUCCUGAGGUGUGCCUGUACUUUGAUAAUAAACUGUACAGGGGAAACCGGGUGACUAAGAUGGAUGCAGGGAGUUUCAGUGCCUUUUCCUCACCUAACCUGCCUCCGCUUGCAAAUGCUGAGGUUGAUAUUAUAAUCAAUUGGGAGACAAUAUGGAGAGCUAAUACUAUGAAGAAAUUUGAGAUCCAUAUGAACAUGAACAGCAACGUUGGACUACUGAGAGUCUUCCCUGGAAUUACUGCUACAGCGGUAAGGGCAUUUCUUCAGAGCUCUAUGGAAGGCAUUGUACUUGAGACCUAUGGGAGUGGAAAUGCUCCAAAUAAUUGUCCAGAAUUACUAGAUUUGCUGAGGAAAGCUACUGAUUCCAAUGUUGUGAUUUUGAAUUGCACCCAAUGUCUGCGAGGGUCGGUAUCAUCAGUCUAUGCCACAGGAAAGACUCUCAUGGAUGCUGGGGUAAUUCCAGGAGGGGAUAUGACACCAGAAGCUGCUCUUGCCAAGUUGUCCUAUGUCCUGAGCAAACCUGGACUUACUUUUGAUCAAAAGAAAAAGAUGCUGAAUACGAAUCUGAGAGGAGAAAUGACUGUUGUGCCCAUUGGAAAUCAGAUAACUCUCAAAGAUUGCAAGUUUAUACAAGAGAUUGCAAAAUAUCUGUUGAUCAGCUGCAAAGAGGAACUAGCAGCUGUAAGGGAUGCUUUGACUCCUUCUUUGGCAUGCGUGGCUGCAAAAAAUGGUGAUUUAACUGCCCUAAAAGUCUUACAGGAUUUGGGUGGAAACUUGAGCUCUGGUGAUUAUGAUGGUCGUACUCCACUUCAUGUUGCAUCCUGUGAAGGCAAUUUGAAGGUAGUCAGGCAUCUGUUGAAGUCCGGAGCAACUGUAUAUGCAAAAGACAGAUUAGGAGCUACUCCACUGAUGAAUGCUAUCAAGUUCAGGAAUCACAAAGUGAUUGAGUUACUCCAUAAAACUGGAGCUCACCUUUCAAGCCAAGAACUUGUGAAUGUUGGGACAGAACUCUGCAGUCUUGCUUUUCAUGGAGAUCUUGAUGGUCUGCUGGCAUGGCAUUUAGCUGGGGUAGAUCUGAAUCAAACUGGUUAUGAUGGAAACACUCCAGCUAACGUGGCUAAGGCUGCAGGGCAUGCAAAAGUCAUCGAGUUUUUCAAUAAGUUGGCAUCCUGA